AAAUAUAAUACUAGUACUUGUUUUUAGCCAUAAAGAGAAUACAAUUUUGUUAAUCAAAGAUUAAGACAAAGAUGCCGAACAAAAGAAGAAGAGAGGUGUCACAUUCGGGCUCUGACUCCGAGACGGAACAAGUGGGGUCCAUAAGCCAAAGCACGCGCGCACGCCACGUGGAGCCCACUCGUUGACUUGAUGUAACCGGGAAAAAUAUAACGGUGAGGAUCAUAGCCAAACGUCAGAUACUGAAAAUCAAAAUAUCUUCAAUGGUCUGUGACUCUGAUUGUGACUGACCGUGACGGUGACGCGUUUCUUGGUCUAGUCAGUCCAACACUCGUUUAAACUGAAGUCAAAUUCUGUGUCAACUUCCUGCCUCCAUUUUUAUCCUUUACACUUAUUCAUAAAGUCAAUUUGUUACUUGUUUGAUCCUUACAAAACAAAAGUUAAUUGUGGUUAACUGUUAUACUCCUUCCGUUCCCGUUCCCGAAAGUAAAAUUUUAUAGAAUUUAUUAUUAUUCCACAAAAAUAAAUUUUUUUAAGUUACUUUUGUAUACUUUUAAAAAACAUUAAUUGUGAAUAUUUGAAUUGAUUAAUUUUAUUGAUAAAUAAUUAUUGGAAAAUGUAUUAAAAAUAAAUUGUAAAUUAAAUUUUGAAUAUUUAUUAUAUUAUUAAUAAACGUGAAAACUCUUAGAAAAUCUUACUUUUGAAAACGGAUGGAGUAUUUUAAUUAAUUUUAACUAAAUAGUAAAAUAAUUUUAAACGUGAUGCUAAAAACUCCACUAGAUUUAUGAUAGAGGGAAUAAUAUUUUAAACUAGAUUCCGUUUCAUUCACUGAAUGAAUUGAAGUUGACGGAACAAAAAAAACUUUUUGGUCAAGUAGUUGGCAUAGAUGCAAAGUUCUUUAAACUAGAUGGUUUGAUUUAAAGAAAAUGCUAAAUAAUAGUACGUAUUAGUGGAUAUAAAUUUACCUAACAAUUCAUGAAAGAUAUGGAGAGAGUUGUUCGUGGUGGUCUUAGUAUUAACUGUGAAGUUGUUUAUUAUUCAGUAAAAAAAAAAAACUGUGAAGUUGUUUAUUAUGAACAUAUAUAUACAGAAGUGUCUGUUCUCAUGAUGCCGAUGAAAAUGUUCCUCGUGGACUCGUUUGUAGAAAACGCUUACAGUGUAUUCUUGUGUUUCAAAUAUUCGUCGCUUGAUGUUAAAAUUGUUACUCAUAAUUUAGUAUUAUAUUAAUGAUAAUAUCUAUAUAAAUGAUGAUAUAAGACGACAAAACCUAAAAAGAAAGAACUGAAGGUCAUUUCGAAUCUAUACAAUUAAAUGAAUGAUAUGCCACUAGACAUAUCCGGAAUCAAAUAACCAAAUCGAAUCGAAAUUAUAUAUUUUUGAAUCGAAAAACUGAAAUUGAACCAAUAACUGAAUGAAUAUCGAAAUAUUUAAAAUAUAAUUUAUAUACAUAAAAUAUUAAUUAGAUUUAGUUUAAAAUAACAAAUUAUCUAAAAAUAUUAUUUGUGAACCAAAUAAUCUAAAACCCCAAAUUUUCCGAAUGCUAUAUUUCAGAUUAUCUGAACUGCUCGAAAUUUAUCCAAAAACUACAAUUUAUCUGAUAUUUUUUUAGAAAACCUAAAUUAUCAAUAAAAUUUAGGUGAAUUAACCAAAAUUAUUCGAAAAUCAUACAUAACUGAAGCCACUUUUCUGGAUAUAAAUCUGUUCUCAACCUUGUAAUCCGAAUACCAAAAUAAUCGAACCAAAUUUCAUAAUAUCCGAAUGAAUCAACAUAUAUCUAUAGAACAAAAAAAAACGAACAUCAAAUUAAAUGAACUAAACGGAACCGAAAAUCAAAAUGUCCAGAAAUAAAUGAUACUAAUAUAAAAAAGUUAUUAAGAGAGGUGAUUUGAUUAUUCUUACAUUAUGUAUUUUGUACAAUAGUUAAAGGAAACUUUACCAAAAGAUAACAAAUGAAUAAAAAUCGAACUACUGUAUUCUUUAAAUUAUGAAAUAAAAAAGACAACCAAUGUAACAUAAACAUUUUUCUUGAGAAAGCAAAAAAAGAAGGAGAAGUUGAGUAUGACGUGGGCAAAAGAGUCAGCGAGAGCCAUCUGAAAAAAUGUCAACCAAACAUUAAUCGGAUGUCUUCACAGAUAGUUAACGAAAACCCUACCAGAAAAAAGAAAAAUAUCCAAUAUAAAUUGAUAAAUAUUUACAACUAUAAGUAUCUCUCUCGUGUGGAUCCUCAUCAUCAUUUCAUGUGAAGGACAAUCUGAGAAGACACAACAAAUUAAGAUCCUCACCAACAUAUAUAUAUAUAUAUUACACACAUAGUGAGAACAAAAAAAGCGAUGGGAGAUCAUCAUGAUUUCAUAAACUCUGGAAGCUGGUGGAAAGUAUCUUCUUCUUCCUCAAUAUCUUCUUCCUCUUCCAUGAGAGCAAACUCAAAUGAAUCUGGUGGUUCUGCUGUUUUCCAUGAUAAGCUUCAUCAUCAAGAUCAUCAUUCGUUAGCUACUGAUCACCAUCUACAGAUGAUUGGUCUAGGGCUUUCUUCACAAUCACCAGUUGAUCAAUGGAAUCAAUCUCUCCUAGGAGAUAGUAAAGCGGAGACAAGCUUCGGAGUGAUGCUUCAAGAGAAUCUCAAUUUAGAUGCGACCUCAAACGCAAACGCUAACACGACGUCAUCCACAACGUCUUACCAGCUUCAAGAAUCUGAUUCCUCUCACCACCAAGCUUUGUGGCGAGACCCACAUAUCAAUAAUAACGAUUUCAAACCGCAGCUAAACAUGACGAGCAGCAACCGCGGGUUCUUUUCAGAUCACCCUCAGUUCAGUCCUCAUGGGAGCUCAAGUACCGACAGUAGCACAGUGACAUGUCAAGGUUUCUCUAUUGACAACUCGACCAACACCAUGUACGGAACAUCAACAACUCCUAACUCCUCUUCAGCUAUGUUCCAUCAACAUCAAGGAGCUGGCUACAACUUGCCUGGCUCUUCCGACCAGCAACCGUCGAGGAAUCAUCAGCAAUCAAAUCUUGGGUACUCUCAGUUCGGUUCCUCCACCGGAAACUACGACCAGAUAGCGACGGCGCUACCUUCGACUUGGUUUUUAAGAUCUUCGCCGCCGAAACCACACAGUCCUUUGAGAUUCUCUAACAACGCGACGUUUUGGAACCCUGCGGCGACGGCUGGAAACGUGGGUCCUACUCAACAUGACGCGUCGUCGAACUUUUUUCCGGCGAUACAGCCGCCUCAGCUUCACCGGCCGAGUUUUGAGGAGCAACCUAAGAGUGUAUCUGAGAUUCGAGAUUCGAGUAGCAGUGAUGUAAAGAGAGGCGGAGGUGAUCAACCGGCGGCGAAAAGGGCUAAGAGCGAAGCAGCGUCUCCGUCACCAGCUUUCAAGGUGAGGAAAGAGAAAAUGGGGGACAGAAUCGCUGCGCUCCAACAAUUGGUUUCACCUUUCGGAAAGACUGACGCAGCCUCAGUGCUCUCUGAAGCCAUUGAAUACAUUAAGUUUUUACACCAACAAGUUUCUGCUCUGAGCAACCCAUACAUGAAAAGUGGAGCUUCUUUACAGCAUCAACAGAGUGAUCAUCCCAAAGAGCUAGACGUAUCAGAAGAGCCAGAUCUUAGAAGUCGAGGCUUGUGCUUAGUGCCAGUUUCGAGCACGUUUCCAGUGACACACGAUACUACAGUAGAUUUCUGGACUCCUACAUUUGGUGGGACUUUUAGAUAGAUUCAUAUAUAUAGAUGAAAAAAUUAUAUUAGAUGUCGGUUGACGUAUAUAUACGUUGAUUUGCUGAUAAGAAAAUCAUUAGCAUUUUAAACGAAGAGGGGAGUUCAAUUAACGGACAAGUGAAAAGUGUCUGUCCCAUUUUUUUUAGAUUUAUAAAAAAAUAAUGUGUAACUGAAGAACUAUAUAUAGAGAUUGCUAUCGAGAUUUGACUUCUACUUUCUUUUCACA